AUGGGUCUCUCGAGCAAUUUAUUCGUGCAGAAACGAAGUUCUACAAAUAGUUUACGCCAGCCUAAGGAAAUUGGAUACUAUAGCAAAACCAUGGAGAACGAGUUUCUUAUUUACGAUAAUUCCAAGAUGAGCUUCUACUAUUUUCCCGACAGUGAGCUGAACAAAAACCUUGAUCUGAGCUCGGGCAUUAAAAAAUUCAAGGAAUGUAGUAAGGCCGAGGACUUUGAUCAAUGCACAUUGAGUGGUUUACUCCAAACAGUCAAGACUUAUGAGCAACGUAAGGACAAAAAAGUGUCCGCCGACAUCGUCACGUUCAGAGGUGUGAUGCGAAAGCUGAUAUCGUGUGCAUUCGACAGCCCGCAAUACAACCGUGUGGAGCUGCGAGUUGUUUCGUUCAACGGUCAGCUUUUCAUUAAAGAGGUUUCGGAGCCUCAUUCCCUUCCGAACAACACAGAUUCCAUGGAACACCGCUCAUACUACAGCGGAUACAAAUUCGAAAAUCUGACAACGUUGUCUAAGCCGUUGGCAGAAGUUCCCAGAAGCACUUUGGAGAAAAGACCCAAAAAAAUUUGCAACAAUGGGGAUCAAUACUUGACAGUCGUACGGUCAGGUGUGGGCUCUUGCAAGCUGGUACUGGGGGCCGAAGUGGACUGCGUUUUUGAUUUCAGCGAAAACGGCUCCGACAACCUCAAGCACUAUGCUGAACUCAAAUGUACCAAGGGCGUUUCUUCAUUUGCUGAGGCUCGUCGCUUUGAAAGGAAAAUAUUCAAAACAUGGCUUCAAUGUUUCUUAGUCGGCAUUCCUCGCAUAAUUUAUGGCUUCCGCGAUGACAACUUUAUAUUGAAAUCAGUUGAAGAAUAUCUCACUCACGAGAUUCCUGUUCACCUGAAAAAUCACAACCCGCAACUAACCAACGCAUGCAUGGACGCGGUAAGGUGGUACGGGGCUUUGACUGAGUGGCUGCUGGAAACGAUUCCUCGUGAAGAGUCCGCGGACCAUUUGAAAGCUUACAGACUACAUUUCGAAAACAAUCAUUUGAAGCUUACGGAAAUCGAGCCAGAUCACGCAGAAUAUGCAGAUGUAGUAGAAGGGCAGAGCGUUUUGAGUUCAGAAUUCAAGGACUGGAGAAGAGAAUUGGCUAACAAGGGCGCCAAAAAUUGA